CUCUAGCGGGCGACUAACCUCCACCGGAGUAAACAGAUUGAGGUCUUAACAAACAAAACCUCCACUGCCGGAGUAAAUCCGGUACAGAAUAGUGAGUUGGCUCCUCGACUAAAGUCACCAACUCCCUACCUUCAAUCAAGGAUGCUCUAUCAACCUAGGCAGAUAUUCUCAUUCUAGGUCAAAGCAGAAACAACAGGAAUUUAAUCAGGAUUCAAGUCAUUCAAUCAUUCAAACCUCAAUCGAAUAUAAUCGAAUCAUAGAAUCAGUACUUGGGUUCAUACAGUCAAACCUAACAUACAAAUCUAGGGUUCUCCAUACCCAGAUGAAUGGGAGAACUACUCCAUGGAGAAAGAAGCAAAAGCAGAAUCAGACGCGGAAUUCAUACUGUGAAGGAUGAAUUCCUGCUCCUGGACGUUGAUCGGCACUUCUCCAAGCUCAAACUGGCCUCCAAUGGUGUUGAAGAUCAAGCUAGGGCGCUUGGAGACUCUUGUUCGUCACUUUCUCUCUCUAGGAAUCGCUGUGUCUCUCUAAAACUCGAAGCCCCUUCUCUUUGGCUGAAAAUCUGCUUAAAAGGGCAUCAGUGGCCAAAGCACGGUCGAGGGCACGGCCGUGUAAUGCCUCAGCCCACCCGUGCUUUGGCUAGUGUUAAUUACACUAGGAGAAACACGGCCGUGCUUUUGGGAGGACACGGCCGUGCUUUGGUGAAGCACGCCCGUGUUCUAUCUCAGCCCUGCCCGUGUUUUGGCCAAUGUUUGCCAAACUCGAAUUAGCUCUCGGCAGUAAAAGCACGAUCUCAGAACACGACCGUGUUCUGGUUUAGGUGUGCCCAUGUUUUGGCUCAGCUUCACCGAAAUGACUUUCGAAUGCCCCGAAACUCGUGCUUAGCCUUUCCUUUGACGCCUGGGACCUGAAAUAUGACAAAAUAGCACAACCCGACGUAAAAUAGGCCAAAAGUACAUGACUAUGCCCCUCAAACGGAUAAGAACUAGGGGCGCAAAUAUGUGCAAUUACAUCGUUAUCAGGUUACAACCAGGUCCAGAGCACGAACCCAAACAACAUUGACCCUAUGCACCGCUGACUGGGGGCAUUUCCCCCCAAGACCCCACCAAGAUGUUUCCCCUGGACCCCAGUCGUUGAUCGUGCAUCGAGACGCCCGUGACAUCCACUACAACAAAUUCGGCCUAUUAGGACAAAAAAAAAAUUUGUCAUUUUUUGUUUGUCACAAUUGGUACGGUAAUAUGACAAAAAUAAUAUAUGUCCUUUCGUAUGCCUAAUGUGACAAAAAAAAAUUAUUGUCAGGAUAAGUCGUCAUUUAAAGUGAGUAGUGUGACAAAUAUUUCGUGUCAUAAUUAAUUUUGUCAAAAUAGGCAUCCCAUAUCGGGUUGUAAGAGACUCAACAGUGACAAAUUUCUUGUAGUCAGAAUAGUUCGUCAUUUUGAAGUGAGUAAUGUGACAAAUAUUUCGUGUCACAAUUAAGUUUGUCAAAAUAGGCAUCCCAUAUCGGGAUGUAAGAGACACAAAAGUGACAAAUUAUAUCGUUAGAAUAGCUUUUAUCAUAUUAUGUCUUCUUGAAUUGUUUAAAUGACAAAGUAUUUUUUCACAAUAGAUAACAAUGAUCACUACAAGAAAAUUGCCUAUUAACAACAAAUAUUAACGACUUAAGUGCUUUCCGUCGUUGGCAUCAGAUUAGUAACAACAAAAAUGAAAAUACCGUUGUAUUUGCAAAUUUCUAAUGGAAAUACAUUGAAAAUCCAUUAUUCAAAGGAAAAUUGGUUGUGGAGGGAAAGUGAAAAAAUGAAAAAUGACAAGGCGGGCGGAAGUUCCCCAAAAUUUCAUUUUUCCUUCCCGCAAAAGCAAAACCCAAAUAGCUAAACCUAGACAUCCAAAUUUUAUUCAGAACUGCCACCUCCCAUCCCCCUCCCUCCUCUCUAGAUCUAUCUCUCUGUCGACUGCUGACUGGAAGGCUGCCGCAGCAACCGCUUUUCCUACCCCUCCACAUACGCCAUCAUCGUCCUCCCUUGCUAAUCUAGCUUCAACAACUCUCUCCACUCUGCUCACCAUGUUUGUGCCUCGCCUCCUGAGGUUCCUUCAACUACCAGACCACAGCUUUCGCUGCCCUCCAAGUUUCCUCCGCCUGCUGCAUCUCAACCCUCACAUUUCUUCCUCAACCGACGGUGUGCCAUCUCCGAUCGCCCCCCAGGAUCUCCUCAAUCGACGGUGAGCAAGGACCCUGCUAAGAAGAUUGCCCUCAAAUUAUUUCAUCAGUCCUUAUCUACUUUGUUGCUCAACUAGUUUUUUUGUUUUAAACCCUAAAACGUAAUUUUUGGGUAGGAAAAAAGAGAACUCUGAUUUCUCCGCUCAUUUUCGAACUCCAAUUUCAACACUACUGUAGUUGUGGCUGCGAGAUUCAUUGGAUUCAAGGUCGGAUUCAUCGUUUUCUUCUUUCAAAUUGGCAUAGCUCCUCCUUUUCCUUCUCUAAGCAUGCUUACAUAUAAUCUUUUUGAAAUGCAGGUAGAAAGCACAAGGUUCACUCUCGGGUCGGUUGGAGUUCUGAUGAUGUGUGUGGAAGUUUGGGGAGUUUUUGGGUUCAGUAGUGUUGGUGGUAGUGCUCUGUACUGAUCAACCAACAUAAACAUGGGGCAGAAUCAGUCCAAGUACGAAUUGGUGUACCAGCAAGUGAGUUACGGUAAUGCGGAAGGCAUCAAAACCCUUUGCAGGGAAGGCACUAGCCUCGAGGUAACCAAGGGAUUUCCCAAUUGAUUCUCCUUUGUUCUCAUAUUCUUAUUCGAUUUUUCUGUUUGUGGUAUUCUGGUAAGUGGUAUUCUGGUUCCUGCAAUUGCCCAUUUUACUCUAUCUGCUUGUAAUGUCUUAGAUAUAUGAUAUUGAUAUGAUUCCCCUAAUUCAGGGAUGUGGUCUUUUCAGCUUGCAUUCUUGCUGUUUCUGCUAGUUUGAGAUGAUUGUUGGGCUUUCUUGUUGUCUUGUUGCUUGUAUAGGCCUCUUUAUUUUAACAUACAACUUGACAGAUAGCUUUGUUGAUAAAUAGAGAAAAGCAAAAUAAACAGAACUUCUGAAAUCUUGGUAAGCGUUGGUUCUCCUCUCUCACUACUGAGUUCUUAUAUUUGCAGGGGUUUAAUAUGAACAUGUUUCUUCUAUUGGCAAAGCUUGUUACUUGCUACUUUCUUUCUGCAGGUAUCAACAUAUAAUAGAUUAUAACUGUGAUCUCAUUGUAGCCCUAUAACACAUAAUAGUUAAUUUUGUACUUGGCAUUCAGAAUGUUUCUUUUAAUUUUAAAGGAGACGCAAACAUUAAAUUUAACUCAAACAUCCAAAUGAAAUGGACCAUGACAGGGACGGGGGACGAGAGAGAACACAACAUAACUCAUAUGUGGGUUGUUGUGUAGGUGAUGCCAAAACAAAGCAUAUGGAGGCUGAACUCAUUUGGAGGGACAAUAUGCUCAAUUCUAGGAGCUGCAACUCAACAAGGGCGCACAGUAGCAGAGAGCAGCGGAGGAACAACUACUAUUGGUGGAGUGGCCAAGCUGCUCCGGAAGAGGAGUUUUCUUCGCUCAUCUUAUUUUGACUUAAGGUUGAGUUCUACCGCAUAAUUUUGCAAGUCCCUCUGAACUAUUAAUUGUGAAUGUCUUUUCUAUCACUAAAUGGUUUAAUCAGCCACGUCCAUCUAAAAAGUUGCUUCUUAGUAGUUCUUUUAGAAGGUUCUUGAUAUAAAGUGUUAUGUGCUUGGGCAUCAAGUUAGAGUUCUGGCCUGUAUCAUCUGAAUUUAGCAUCAAUUAAUUUGCCUAUGUCUCUCCCAUGUGAGUCUCUUUUCUCUUUUUCACUGGUCCUUUGUUUGGUUACAAGAUCUGAGUUCAUCAUCCAACUCAGAGUUAUCCCUCUUUACCAUAGCUCAGCCAGCCAAAUCAGCAUCAAACGAGAGUAUGAGAGCAUGUAUUUUUUAGAAAGGUUGUGUCGUUGUUUUCCAUUUGGGAGUGAUAUGUUAUUUCUAGGUCAUAGUUGCUUUUGGAAAGUUUCGAUAUAGAUUUUAAUUUUUGGGAACUAUCUUAUGUAAUGAGUGUUGACAUUCAGUUGAAUCUCAUUUAUAUGGACAAAAUUAUGACAAAAUAUGUUGACAUGGCAUCUCCAUUUGUCACAUUAUAUACAUUUCUUGACAAACAUAGCUCUUGUCAUAUUAGAUAUGAGACAAAUAAGGCACCUUUCCUGACAAGGUAUGACAAAAUAUUGUCGUCACAAUAAACACUUGUGACAAAAUGUAGUCGUCACAAUAUACAAUUAUGACAAAAUAUAAUUGUGUAAUAUGAUGAACAAUUCUCUUAAAAUCACCAGAUUAUGACAACUGUAAUGACAAAAUAUGUUGUCAUAAUAUCUCUGUUUCACACAAUAGACUACCCAAAACCUCAGGUAUACUGAAAGCAAAUGUGACAACAUUGUUUAAAUUUUUUGUCACAUUUGACCUAUCCUGGCGCCGAUAAAAUGAAAAACCUUUAUGACAACAUAUUUUGUCAUAUUACACCUAAUAUGACAAAAUGGGUAUCUAAUAUGACAAAAAUGUCUCGUCAUAAUAGGCCGAAUUUGUUGUAGUGUUAAGUGCUUGGCGGCACGCCCUUUAAUUUUUUGGGGUUUUCUUUUAUUUUUCUUCCUAUGCAACUUCGUGUCCAUUUUUAUAUCCUUCCCUUUGCUGCAAUUUCUGGAGGUUGCAGGAGACCAAAUACGAAGUUGAAAGUUGAAACCCUACGACCAAAAACAAUCUCGCUCCUUCAAUUCUCUCCGCCAGUCCGCCCCUCAUCGGUCAUCUCCUGUAGCCGGUUCGACAGAUUGUCGAAGUCAUUCUCCUUGCAAUUAGCGAGCGCACUCCAGGUCGCCGACAUAGCAGCCUCCCUCUGCCUCCAUCUUCGGCUCGAGUUUUGUUCGUCGUCUGGGAGAAAUUGCGAACAUGAAAUUCAGGUCUCGCGCAACAUCCGGUUGCCGUCCCAAGUUGUUAUUCUAAUUGGGGUUUUGGGGUUUUGGGGUUUUGCGACAGAUCUCCUCUCCAGCAUAUCUGGGAUUUGGGGUUUUGUUUCGUGUUGUGGUUGUCGUUGUUAUUCUAAUUUCUGGGUUUCUGCAUUCCCCCUUCAUUUCCCAGUCUGAUUCAUGAAGAGAGACGGUUCAUCUUCUUCAUGUAAACAUUUGAUGUUGUCGAUUUCGCUUGGCAUGCUUCCCUGAAAUGAGUUUCUGAUUCAUCUUCAUUGUCGCUAUUACUUUGCUAGUUAAAGGUCUCUUGGCCUCCCCAAACAAGGAAAGUGCUUUAACUCUCCACUAUCUCCAAUUUCAAUCGAAGAACCCUAAAAUUGAAAUCGCCAGAAGGUCGCUUUACCUUGGUCGAUCCCUGCAUCUACUUUUCUAGCCACCUACUACUCACCAUCAGGCUUUCCUCAAAUGCGGUUCAUAGUCGGUCUCGUCGUCGGACCUCCCACUCAAUCCGCCGGUCCGACUCAAUUUCGUGAUGGUUCAAAAAUCACAGCUACGGACUUACGUCGAUCUUCACUCUUCCCUAGUCCUUUACGGCCUAAUCCUAAUCAAUUGAUUCAGGUAAU